AUGUCACGUACGUCAGAGAUAACCACCAACCAACGGAACUUCCUCCAUCAUGCAUUGAAAAACCAAUUACGAUUGAACUCACCCACCAAUAGAUCCUUUUUUUCACAUCGCCCCAUAUCCAUCCGCUUAUCACUGGAGGAAUACGGAUAUGUCGAAGUGAGCUGGGGCCAGACCAAACUAAGCGUACGAGUCUCAGCCCAAAUCGUCAAACCAUAUGCUGAUCGCCCCUUUGAAGGCAUCUUCACCAUCAAUAGUGAGAUUUCACCCCAAGCCAGUUUGAAAUUCGACACGACACGCGCCCAGCAACAAGAUGAAAUUUUGGUGUCGCGGAUAUUGGAAAAGGCGAUACGUCGAUCCAAUGCUGUUGAUUUGGAAAGUUUGUGUAUUGUGGCGGGAGAUAAAGUUUGGGAACUUGUUGUUGAUUUGAAUUUUUGGAAUUAUGAUGGGAAUUUAAUUGAUGUUGGAUGUUUUGCUACGAUGUUGGCUCUUUUACAUUUUCGUAAACCUGAUAUUUCGAUAAAUGGUGAUGCCAUUGUUGUUCAUGAUGAAAGUGAGCGACAACCGGUUAGUCUAAGUGUUUUGCAUAUACCUAUAUGUCUAACAUUUUCAUUUUACAAUUUGUCAUCGCAAGAAAUGAACAUCAAGGGGGGAGGAGCAUCAGCAGGAGGAAGAGAUGAUUCGGGUGUAUAUCAUGAAGGAGAUGAGAAUGAAGAUGAAAUAUGUUUAUUUGACGCUGAUGCAUUGGAGGAAAGUUUAAGACAGGGGAGUUUAACCAUAACAUUGAACAAGAAUCGAGAGAUUAUACAAUUGAGUAAAAAUGGUGGUGUUCCCAUUGACGCUCAACAAUUGUUGAAUUUGUGUUUUGAGUCAGUGAAAAUUGUCGAUGAGUUGACCGAGUUGAUCAAGGUUGAAAUUAAACAACAUGAAGAAAUGAGAUAUAAGAAGGAAAAUUUCAAGUUGUUGGAAUCAAGUGCAAAUAGAUAA